UUCAUUCAUACAUACAUUUCUAUUGGUGUUUUUAGUGUUGUUGUUUUAAACUGUUGAGAUCCGAGCAUAAAGUAGUUCACCUAAACCACAGCCCAACAUAGCAGGUGGCGGUAAUGCGCCAGAUGGUUGUUUGUCAGCAGCCGGAAAAAAAGGAGGAGAAGAAGACGAAGAUGGCAGCGAUCGUGAAGGGACCUGCUGUCGAAGAUGUUAAUGUCACUUUUGAAGACCAGCAGAAGAUCAAUAAAUUUGCUAGGAAUACAAGUCGCAUGACAGAACUCAAAAGUGAAAUUGAGGCAAAGAAAAAAUCCUUGCAGAACUUGGAGGAUGCCAGCGAUGACCUAAUGAUGUUAGAUGAUGACUGUGUUUUAAUCCCCUAUGAAAUUGGUGAUGUGUUUAUCAGUCACAGCCGGGAAGAAACACAAGUAAUGCUCGAGUCUGCAAGGGAGACACUGGAGCGAGAGAUCGGAGGCCUUGAGGACCAAGUAUCUGCAAUACAGAAAGUGCUGGGUGAUCUAAAGGUCCAGCUCUACGCCAAGUUUGGAAACAACAUCAACCUGGAAGCAGAUGAAAGCUGAACAGCGAGAUGCACCCUGGCAGCUGGCCCAGCAUGGACUUGUGUCACAGUCACAGGAAUUUAGUCAAACAACAUACCAACGUGAACUGCUUUGUAACUUCACAUAUGUGUGCUCAGAUGAUGUCUGGCCUAACUAUGUCAAACAGUUUCAAAGAGACAGGAAAGAUAAAUAUUUGGAGAAUAAAUGAAUACUAACA